CCUAACACUCUCCUCUCCUCUCCUCUCCUCUCACACGGUGCUUUCCUCUUCUCCUCUCAUCUCCUCUCUGGUGAAUGAUGAACUGCCUCCACAUCCAAGAUCGCAGGCGAUCGUUCACGAGGUCCCCUGUUUUCCAUUGAUCUGUACUAAAAAAGUGACUAGGUGCGUGAUUAGGCCUAAUUUGCUGCCUGGAUCUGUUUUGUCAAGCCAACCACCGUGCCUCUCGAGGAGGUGCUGUCGGAAUUGGCAUUAGGAAGUUGCCUAUAAAAGGCAACAAGAGUUCAAGCUCGGAGGGGAGGAAGAGGGAGGAAGAGCAGAAUUCGGCUGGGGAGUGAAGAGCAGAUUUAGUUCAAGGUCAACCAGUGUUAGUUUCUCUUCCACCAGUAGCUAGAAGAAGACGGGUUAGAUCAUUGCAGUCAGUUCGGAGCACCUCUCAGAUCAUCUCCACUCAGUUCCUUGGUUGCUAAUUCAUCAGAUUCUGUGAUGGCUCAAAAUCCAAUAGACAUAGCGGACAUGCUUAUGUCCCUUCAGCGGAGUAUAGAAGCUCUUAACCACACAGUUGCAGCCCAAGCUGAAACCAUCGCCAGAUUGCAGCACUUAUCUGGGGCCUCUACUACUCAUCCACCUCCAGUCAACCAUCCAGUUCUAAAUCCACCUCCGCCAAUUAAGGACCCUCAAGGUCUAAACCUACCAGAAGAUCUCAGGGAUUCAGUACAGCCAGUUGAAGGAAUUCCAUUACAGCUAGUUGGAGGGUUUCUGGUACAACCAUUUGAAGGACUUUUUUCCGUUGAUCCUAAUGAUGACUUAGCUAUGCUAAAGCUAGCCAAGCUAAAGAAAUUAUUCAAAAACUCACAGGGUAUCAACUCUAUCCCGGACAUCGAAGACAGAUAUACUGAAACUGUUGUAAGAUUGCCUGAGAGGUUCAAAAUGCCACAUGUAGACCGGUUUGAUGGAUCUGGGGACCCUAUGGUGCAUAUCUGCCUCUUCUUGAAUGUUGUAAAACCAAUGGACUUAACUCGAGCCCAAAAGUUGUCUUUGUUUGGGAGGACUCUGUCAGGUGUAGCUGUCAUCUGGUACUCUAAGUUAGAGGAAUCAGUGAAACAGAGUUGGGAGGAGUUAGCUAAGACAUUCAUUACUCAAUACUCCUACAACAUGCAGAUCGAGAUAACUACGGGAGAGUUAGAGGCAACUCGUCAAGAGCCCAAUGAGAGUUUUGUGGCUUUCAUCACCAGAUGGAGGGCGAAAGCGGCCAUGAUGACAAACAGGCCCCUAGAGAAAGAUCAAGUCCGUAUGGUUGUGAGAAAUCUGCAUAGAAAGAUGUUGCAGAAAAUGAUAGUUCUCCCUCUCUUCAACUUCAAGGACCUGUAUGAGAUUGGGGUUCAAGUUGAGGAUGCCAUCAAACAGGGGAUCAUUGUAUAAGGAAAUGAGCCCAUGAGAAAGCCAUCAUUCGUAGUUUGAAUGUUGCUCCUAGUAGUAGCACAGCUGGUAAUGCCAAACCCACAGAAAUCAAUAUAGUCACUAUAACAACCCUAAUUCUUAUCUUAGUCAUGCUCAUAUAAAUUUACAUGAUUUGGUCUUGUUAAGUUUGUAUCUGCAGACUUUGAUUUGAUUUGUCUAAGUAAAGGUUUCUGUUUUGUUUUGUGCUA